AUGACGGCGAUUGUUGCGUUCUUUCCAGAGGGAGUGAACUGUGAGCUGAAACGCGUAUCGAAGCAGAAAGAGUCCUUCGUUGCCAAUGGAUUUUUCUGUGAGGAGACGAAGCAGAGUUUCCCAGGUCGCAUUAAAACAGAACAAGAAAGAUGUAGUAGUCUUGCCCCGACAACAACAGCUGAAUCUAAUGGAGGAGGCAGCUACAAAAGGAAGCUCAACUUUGGGAUGAUAAAGGCUAAGGAAUCCCAAAAUUCCAAGAGGACCGAGAACGUCGCCAGCGUCCGAAGAGAUUCUGCCGGUGCCUCUUCAUCUUCUGCUGCAGAGUUCACCAUCAUCAUCAAGCGAUCAUACCUCAUACUCAUGAGGAUCCCGAGAUAUGUUCGAGAGAAUCUUAUGCCGGAGGAGAGAACGAUUUUCAAGAUACGUCACCCAAAUAUGAAGAAGUCAUGGCAUGUGGUUUACGUGGUGUCAGAGGCGGAAGCAAGCUUCUCUGGUGGAUGGAGACGUUUGGCUCUUGAGUAUCCUCUAGCAGCUCGAGACAUUUGCAGAUUUACAUUCCUCAAACCAGAAGAGCUGAUUCUCUCUGUCUCAAAACCAUAAGAGAAGACUCACUACUAAUGAUGAUGAUGGAUGUAAACGUGUCUUGGAGAAAAAGCAACUGAGUAAAAGACUGUUUAUAAGCGUUGCAUUGAGUUUUAUGUUAGGUUUUGGUAUCUGAACUUAAACCGAAUGUCUUAUACGAUGGAUCUCUGACUCUCUGUAGCUUGAUAUGUUUCGGUCUUUCGGACCAAUUUUAGUAUGUUCUGUUUUGUUG